AUGUCGUCCAGCGAUGAAUCUCUGAAACAUCCCACGGAAUAUACACCCCGUGCAUGGGCUGUCAUAUUCGGUGCCUUCCUGGCGACAUUCUGCUCUGUCGGAUUCGUCAACUCCUAUGCCGUCUUCCAGGAGUAUUAUCUGAAGCACCAGCUGUCCAAUGAGUCCGAAUCAACCGUGGCAUGGCUAGGAGGGGUUAUCAUGUUCUUCAUCUACAUUGUCUCGGCUAUUUCAGGACCAUUGCUCGACAUGUUCGGGCCAAGGAUGUUGCUUUGCGUCGGCUCCGUAGGCACCGUCUUUUCCAUCAUGAUGUCGUCGCUCUGCCACAAAUUCUACCAGUUCCUCCUCGCCCAGGCCGUCUCGAUGGGCAUUUGGAUGGCGCUGCUGGUGACACCACCUAUCGCUCUCGUCGGGCAGUAUGUCAAAGUCAAGCGAGGUGCAGCCGUGGGAAUCGUCAUCGCCGGCUCUUCGCUUGGGGGCAUUGUCUGGCCCAUUGCCAUCAACGAGCUGCUGAAGAGGGAGAGUGUUGGGUUCGGCUGGACGAUGCGAAUCAUCGGGUUCAUCAUGAUUCCUCUUCUUUGCCUCACUUGCACAUUAUGCCGUUCUGCCCCGGGUCAGGUUGCCACUCUGGAGUCGCCAGAAGAGAAACCAAAGGAGAAGGGCGGACUGGACUUUUCCAUCCUCAAGACGCCCACCAUGCGCCUGCUAUGCCUGGCCUUCUUCUUUGUCUACUUCGGCAUGUUCGGGCCCAUCUUCUUCAUAACAUCGUACGCAGUCAACAUUGGACUGUCGAGUGAUCUGGCCUUCUACCUGGUCUCCAUCUUGAACGGGGCGUCGCUGUUCGGUCGUGUCCUACCCGGCAUGCUCGCCGACAAGUACGGGCGGUUCAACUGCUGCAUUGCUUUUACCUUUGUUUCCGGGGUGAUCGCCAUGUGCUGGACAAAAGCCACGUCCGUUGCAGGCACUGUGGUCUUCUCAGUUGCGUACGGAUUUACAUCUGGGGCCAUCCUAUCCCUGCAACAAGUGUGCGCCGCUCAGAUUGCCACUCCCCAGACGAUUGGCCUUGCCGUAGGGACAAUAUUCGCCGCGUCAUCUUUCUCGGCAAUGGCCAGUGUCCCAAUUAGCGGGGAGCUCUCUGCGCGGUACGGCUACCUAUCCCUGUCCAUAUACUCCGGGGCCAGCCUCAUGGUUGGAAGCGUCUUUCUUCUGGCGGCACGGCUGAUCCAGAGUACGAAUAUUCGCGCUGUUGUGUAA